AAAAUUUAAGUUGUCGCACGUUUUAAAUUGAAAUAUAGUGAAAUUAAUUAAUUGAAAGGUUUAACAUAAUGGUACAGGCAUCUGAUGACGAUUACGGCGGUGGAAAUACACAGAAGCCAGAUCUUCCACAAGCAUUACGCUUAAUUGAUGAAAUGAAUAAUAAUGUUAAGCAAGUGUCUGAUGUUGUUGGCAAUAUGCUGCAACGUGUCAAAACGGGUGAAUUAUCGACAGAAUUCGGUCUAAGCUUCCUUGAAGUCAAAUAUCAUAUGCUACUCAAUUAUCUCAUCAAUCUAACUUAUGUUGUUUUAAGAAAAUGUUCAGGACAACGAAUCGAAAAAGAUCCAUCAAUUGAUCGCCUGAUAGAGAUUCGAACGAUAUUAGAAAAGAUUCGUCCAAUUGAUCAUAAACUUCGUUACCAGAUUGAUAAAUUAGUAAAGACAGCCAUUACAGGAACAACAAAUGCCAAUGACCCACUCAAAUUCAAAGCCAAUCCAAGCAAUUUAAUGUCACAAUUUGAUGAUAGUGAUGACAAUGACUCAUCAUCAAUGUCAGAGAAUGAUGAAUCGAAUGAAAUGAGAAAGAAAAGGAACAAAAGGCGAGAAAUGGACGAUGACGGAGAUGAAAAGGAAGUUGGAAAAUACGUACCACCAAAAAUAACAUCAAUGCCUUACGACGACGAUGAAAGUACAGCACAAAAGCAACGUGAACGUGCUCGAAAGCGUGCCAUUAAUUCAGCAUUAAUUGAUGAAUGGAAAGAAGAAUUCCUUGACACGCCAGUCGAAAUUCAUGGCUCAUCAAGAGCACAACAAAUGGUAUCAAGAGAAAUGAAGGAACGUGAACGUUACGAGGAAGAGAAUUUAGUAAGAUUGCCAAUGACGAGAAUUGAAAGACAUCGACAAAAAAGAUUAAGUACAAUGGGAUCAUUAGGAGAUGAACUUACAGGUUUUAGUGGAUCAUUAAGCAGUAAAAAUAGUCGGAAGCGAAAGGGCGGAAGCGGUGCUGGUGGAAAGAAGAAGAAAAUGGGAAAAAGAAGAAAAAUUCAUUAAAAUAAUGAAGAGAAGAAAAGUUUUUCAUUCAUUUUAACUUCCUAUCUCCUAUUUUAGCGCAUUCUUGAAAAACUUGUUUCUGAAAGGUUGCUUAAUAAUUCACUUUGUUCGGUUGGUAUUAAAAACUUUUUAACCAGACAUCGUAAAGAGCUCGGGUUUGUUUUAUUCGCUUCGUUUCUGUCAAUUUAUCGAUGAAUUUAUGAGAAACGUGAAAUGACAAAUUCAUAAGGAUUAAACAGUCAAAGCGUCAAAAAUGCGCUAAAGUUCCUCGAUCAAUAACACGAGGACUUUUAUACUUUCUUUUCCUAAUUAAAUUGAAUUAAAAUUACACAAAAAACUUUGAGACGUGAAAAUUUUCUUCCUUUAAUUAAUUUCAUUAUGCUUUACAUAAAUUUUUAUCAUUUUUUUCUCUCAUUGUUCAAGUUUUAUAUUUUUAUUUGAGAGGAUUUGCAUGAGCUGUUGUGCUCUCGAUAGUUUUUCCGUUUCUAUUGACUUUACUUACACUUUUAUGUUCAUAAAUAAUGCAAUGAUUGCAUUUGUUAUCACAGAGUUAAUAUUAUGAAGUUUUUUUUU